AUGGCGACCACAAUGACCUCCUCGCUCGGCCGCGCAUUCACCAAGCGCCAGAAGCGGCCAGAGGUCUCGGCUCCGAUGCCCUUUCGCGAGGGACAGCCCCGUUUCGCCGCCGGAACCAUCAAGCGCUCCAAGAUAUCGGCGCCGAUAGAACUCAUCUCGACCACCAACCUGCUCGCAUACACCGCUCCAGACAUACAGAAGCACAACGGCAACAACUUCGGAGCAAAGAGCCCACCAGUCGUCUCGCGGCCGCCCGUCAAACACCCGCACCAGACCCUCGCACACUCUACUUCUUCCUCUUCCUCCUUCAGAUCCGCAGACGAGUCGGACGCCAGCAACUCGCUCCGAACGCCCAGCACGACACUUACGUCUCCCUCCUUGCCACCGUCGGCAGAAUCAUCGCCCAUCCUGCGAGACCAGUCCAACCCCAACCCGCUAGCAUGCUACUUUGACCAGAAAGACAGCCCCGUCUCUUCGCCUAGGGAAACUACUCCUUCCAUCCCCUCUCGGGCCCUCAGCCAUACCAAGAAAUCACACCAGGAACUGUCCCGCCAACGAUCGAGCGCGUCUACUUCCUCGGGACCCAAGAAUACAUCCAUCUCAGCCACGCAUGCAUCUCACUCUGCUGCGUCUCGAGGUCAUGCGCAGGACACCAGCGUCCACGCUCACCCGUUCGGCAAGGAGCUGGAACAGGUCAAUGAGGUGGCUGAGGAGUUCUCUGUUGGUAACUUCUUCCGGGACGAGGAUGAGCGUAUCCUCGCUGACAAGGGGCUGAUCAAGGUCGAUGUGGUAGAGUAUCUUAAAGAGGUACAGGGGGUGUACGCCUUUGUGUUUGGAGCAGACGUCGCUAGCAGAGACUGGAUCUGA